AUGGCUCCCAUCGCUGCUAUUAUCGACAAAACUACUCCUGAUGACAAAGCCAUCAAACUGCUCUACAGCACCGGCAAUGCCCGGCUUGGUCUUGCGUUGUGGUCAGGCACAAAAGACCCAGAUCCAGAAGACUCGAUACAGACUCCUCAAGAAGUCGGCAAUGGGCAGUACAUCCUCAAUCCAUCCCAGAUGGCUAGCAUCAACUUCCAGGGUGAAGAAAAGGUCUUUGCUCUUACAACAGAAAACCCAUUCAGGGUCACCAAAGAUGACUUUUAUAAUCUAUCUGAGAUCUUCCCUUCUUACAAGAAGCUUCAAGAUAUAGUGAUCGGAAACAUCACCCUCGCCUCUUGUACUAGUGGUGAUAAUGCCUGGAUCUAUUUCACCAGACCAAUUGGGGAGAGCAGCAGAGCUCUUUGGGAGUUAGAUCUUCGAGCAUCACAGGCCACUCAGCUCAUAUUUACGCACGACCUAUGGAUCAAUUCAUUUGCUGCUGCCUGGUUUGACACAGUGACUGGAAAGCGAAACGUUAUCUAUGAAGGAAGUGCACUGACGGAGUAUGUUGUCGAUGAUGCUACAAAUGGUACAGCGAUAGCCGCAACAGGAGAUAUGCAGCGUAAUACUCCAGUGGCUGUUGCAUUCAACUCUGGUACGGUUUACCUCUAUUACUGCGGGAGAGGUACGGCCGGAGGCAUUCGACGAAGUGUAAAGAGCAAUGGUAGAUGGGGUAGCUCUACUCUUAUUGAUAGCAACACGAUUGCUCAGGAUAGCCAGCUUACUGUAGUGAGGGCUAAUGGAAUUAACCAUCUGUUUUAUGUCGCCAGAGAUGAGAAUGAGGAGGAGGAUGACUACUUUGUCCACCACCUGGAUGAGGUCGCGUAG